ACAGAAGUGUUUCACACGUAUUUUACGGAAUAUAAAUCCAUUGACAAUUUUGCGAACUGCAUUGCAGUUUUUUUAAUCUAUAUUUGAACGUGGUUUUUCUAAUGAAGAGUAUCGAAGUAUCUAAAUACACGCCUAUACGAGAAAUAACAACAUGGACACCUCGCUGGAUCAUUUUAGGAAGAGUUACAAAUAAAGGCCCCGUUAAUGUAUUCAAACGUCCAGGGGGUGCAUCGGGAAAAGUACUCAGUUUGGAUAUUAUGGAUCUUCAGGGAGAUUCUAUAAGGGCAAAAUUUUGGGGAGAUGCAGUGGAAAAAUGGAAUGAUUUUUUAGAAGAAUCUAAGGUCUACACAUUUUCCUCAGGUCGAGUUCAACUGGCAAACAAACGUUUUAAUAAUUUAUCACAUGCCUACGAAAUUACAUUUGAUGUGGAUGCCAAGAUUGCAAAAGCUGAUGAAUCAGUCACAAACCAUACAACAACCAACUCAAUUCCCUACAUACGCAAAUAUAAUUUUAUGACUUUGCGAGAUGUUCAUAAUAGUCCUAAAGAGUUACCUUUUCUAGUGGAUCUUUUGGUUGUUAUUAAAUGGAUUAGUCCUAGCGUUGAGCAAUUUGUGAAUCGCACUACUCAAAAUACUGGAGUCCGUCGUAUAGCGACAGUUGUGGAUGACACAGGAUAUCAAAUGACCUUAACACUUUUUGGAAAUUCAACUCAACUAUUAGAAGAAAGCACUCAAGAGGACAAAUUGACGUUUGGGACGAUUAUUGCCGUGCAGAACGUUCAAAUACGCGAAUUUCGAGGCCGAAACGGAUCUACCCUUCACACAACUCACAUUGUGGUUAACCCAGAUGUACUGGAAAGCCAACAAUUGAAAGUAUGGCUAGAAUCGACUAAUAUAGACACCUACCCUUUCAAAAUGCUUUCGGACACACCCAUGACGGGGGAUGCAUCGGGCGGGUUGAAAAAUAUUGGGGGGAAAACGGAUAAAUUAUUAACUUUAGCCGACGUUGUCACAGCACUUCAAAAGCUGGAAAACUGUGCAUCCUCAAACGCCUCCGAUUUAAAUACCGAGUUACUUGUCGUAGCUCCCGUAGAAAUUUCCAAGUUACUUUACGUUAAUCGUUCCAACGAAGUAACACUAGUUUACCCAUCUUGCCCUAAAUGCAAUCGAAAGGUAGUACAAUCCUUAGACAGUGAUGGGUAUCAUUGUGAAUCAUGUUCCGUCAACCUCAAUAAUGUUAAUUACAAAUUUAUGUUGGCAGUUCAACUAGUUGACGCUUCUGGUAGUCGCUUUACUGCUAGAGUUUUUAAUGACUCAGUUUUUUUCGAUAAAGCGUCCGUAAUUUUGGGAUGUAACGCAAAUCAAUUGGAAAAGUCUGUACCGCACAGAUUAAAUGCUUCUUCGAUUCCUCAAGAAACUCGUGAAUUGCUUGAAUAUGACGCUUUGUGGAAGAAAUACCGUGUAGGAAUACGAGGUCGUCGUGAGUAUUACGGUGGCGAGGACCGUACGAAUGUGUCAAUUACUUUUAUAGAACCAUAUGAUUACAAAAGUGGCGCAAGAAAACUUCUAGAAUCUAUCCGAGAACAGUUACAAAAUUUGAAUGGUUUGGAACAAAACACAAUCAAAUCUCCAGACGAUAGUAGUAUACAAGAAAAUCCUUUUAAAAAAGUGCGACUGUUAUAAUGUAUAUGUAAUUCACAUACUGCAGAAUCUAUUGUGUUCAUGUGAACCUGUGGGUUUUAUUUUUUGAUAACUGUCAUUUCAUUGCAAGUUACGCGUUUUUUAUAUUAUUGUUUAAAGAAAAAAAGUGUGAAAAGGCAAAUACCUAUAUUGCAAUAUAUGUACAGUAUAUACUCCU